ACAUCCCACAUUGUGACACUUCCGUGAAGUCCUUCCGUUUAUUUAGGUUCUCUUACCAUCCAUGUUGUGUAGCUCCACGUGAAAACUUUGGACGUGCGACACCUUGGUGGAGUAUGAUAGAGCUGAGUUCAGGAUAACAUUAUUAAUUACCAUGGCUUCAUCUUGUACGCAGCUGUAUCUACAAUGCAGAAGUUUUCUUUGUUCCAAGACAGUGGCUUGUACCUGGCAGUAUUGCAGUCAAGUUCGUCAUUGCAUUGCAGUUACGAGUGUUCCCACCAAAAUACUAAAUGGCUCCUUCAUUAUCAAGGGGAAUUCCACAGCAACUCAGGCAAAACAGAGAUGGAAACAACAGAUGUCCUGUUACAGUGACUUAGCUGCCACACAUCUGACAACUCAGGUUAAAGAAGACAAAGGUGUUGAAGAAACGUCUACAGCUGAAGUUGUACCAUAUAAGAGCCCCCUGUUGCCAAUCAGAGAGGCUCUGCUGGCGACUGAAAGCCAGAUGUCAUUAGACCUGGAUGCUGCUGCUGAGUUUUCAGCAUUAGAGGUGAUCAGUGAUGAAGAAGCUGUCAGUAUAUCUGUUCCUUCUGCCAUACCUCCUGCCUCCACCUCUCUCAGAGACUAUGUCGACCAGUCUGAGACACUCAGCAAACUAGUACAGCUAGGUGUACACCUGUGGAAGCUUGAACAAAGGCCCAACGUGGGCUCCAUGCUACUGAGGCUAAACUUUAACACAGAUGUGGCCCCAAGGCUGCUGUUCCUCAAAGAAAUUGGGGUGGAGGACUCUCGCUUUGGCUAUAUCAUCACACACAACCCCUUUAUUCUCACUGAGAGUUUGGAAAACCUGCAGUCCAGGGUGAACUAUCUCAAGUCAAAGAAGUUUAGUUCUGAGACUGUUGCAUCCAUGGUGUCCAGAGCUCCUUAUCUGCUUAACUUCAGUGUGAAGAGGCUGGACAACAGACUGGGGUUCUAUCAGCAGCAACUCAACCUCAGUGCUUCUAGUACACGGAACAUUGUAGCUCGUCUACCUAGAUUACUGUGUGGCAGUUUGGAGCCUGUUAAAGAAAAUUUGAAGGUCUGUGAAAUAGAGCUUGGCUUCAAAGAAAAUGAAAUCCAACACAUAGUUAUUGCUGUCCCAAAGGUACUGACUGCCAAUAAAAGGAAGCUAAGCCAAAUAUUUGACUUCCUCCACAAUAUCAUGAAGGUGCCCCACAACCUGAUUGCCAAGUUUCCACAGGUCCUCAAUUCGAAGUACUUGCGUCUGAGAGAGCGCCACCUUUUCCUUGAGUUCCUUGGAAAAGCUCAGUAUGACCCAACCCUGCCCAACUACAUCUCCCUGGAUCGCCUGGUGUCUUUGCCUGAUGAGACUUUUUGCACUGAGUUGGCUUUAGCCACAUUGGAAGACUUUUGUUUAUUCCAGAAGACACUUUGAAUCUACUUAAGGGGAUAUUUGCAAGGACUUCAGAAAAUAAGUGGUCAAGCUCACAUAAUAAAUACUAUAAUGGCAGAUAUUAAAGUAUUUAAACAUAUAGAACAUCAACUGAGUUUGAAAAAUAAAGUUUGCUUUGUUAAUGUGAUGUUUAAUAAAUGUACACAAUGUAUGUCAUUUCUGACUGAAAUAUGUUUUUUUAUUUACAUUAAUUGUCUUGCUAAAGAGACCACACAUGUGAUGGAAGUGCCUGUAAAACAUUUGCAGGGCUGUGUAUGAAAUGAUCAUGUCUCAUAUUGA